AGAAGAUUCAGCUUGCCGACGCUGCAAUUGCCAUUCGAUCGCCAUGGCCACCACCCGGCUAUCGCCCACAGCAAAUCUGCUGCGGAAGUCUCGUCUAUUUGCACUUCCGCAGGCCUUGACGCCACCUGACGACCCCCUGGCGCCGAAAGGCCGUGAUUCCGACACGGCGACUCUGGCUCAUCCCAUCCGGGCGUCCAUUGUCACUCCGGCCUCAUCGUUGGCCAGAGGAGAUUGGGGUCUGAAGCGACCGCUUCCUGCAAAGUCAACAUCUCAGAAAUCCUCUCGGCCGGUGGUGCGAGUGAACGAACUCGACACAUUCGAGCAUGUUACCGACUUCGAAUCCGCGGCGGACCACACGGUGACCUUGGAGAAGUUCCAGGAACUUCACAUGCCUGUCUCGCUGCCUUUCAAGGUCAACUACGCCACCAGCAUCAUGCCCCGGCACCAGAGUCCCUUUGAAUCCCACGUCGAUAACACGGACACGAGCAAAAACCUCGAAGAGCCCGGCGCCAAACAAUUCAGACACUCUGGACCUUGGCUUGCAGGUCAGACGCGAGCGCAAUUCGAUGCCUACUUGAAGAAGGUUCGCGGCAACAAGCCGGAGCUUCUACAAAAGCUGCGCGAGAAAUACGUCAAGAAGCGAACCGUCGAGCGAAAGAAGCAGGCUCAGGACAAUGGCGAGGACCUCGCGACGCUUGAACCGGUACAAGUCAGUGACGAGGAGUUCCAACUGUACCUGAAGUCCCUGCGUGGGGACCCAUUCGCCCUGGGCCCCAUCAUCUUUGAGCUCCUUGACCUUCCAUCCCCUCCGGCCGUGCCGAACGAUCGAAUUGGCCAACAGUACUUCCAAUCCCCGGGCACCAAACUAUCGUCGGGUGAAUACGCCGUGUCGGGACCUCCGAAGACGCAUCCCUCCGCCGGUCUGUCGUACAUGCGUUCGCAUGCACUGAUCUACAACCAUCCUUCAUACGGUGCUCAAACCUACCAGCGCCCCGUCGAGGCACGUAUCCUGCGACCGAAGGGCAAGUUCAAGAACAAGAGUGCCAAGGCCAUUGCGGGUGUCGGUGGUAUUGCCGUGGAGGACUUGAACGCCAUGACAUUUAUUGAACAGGGCUCGCCCCCAGGCCUGGCUGCUUUUGACGCUACCAUCCCCGGCGGUGGCAAGUACUGGGUCACUCCCAUCCGUGCCUCGGUUGACUCGAAUGGCAGGAUCGGAUUGGCGUCGUACCGUGCCAGCGCUGCUGCUAAGGCUCCCUACCGCAUUGAGGACUACAAGAAGCCAGGUUCUAUUUCCGACGUUGUCCGUGGCAACCAGCGUUACGUCCCUCGGUUGGAUAGAUCUCGUCCCAGGACCCAUCGGCCCCGGGAGUCAGCCCAUGGUUCCACCGAAGAUAUUGCGAAAAACCUCAUGAAGACGCUCAGCUCGUGAUAGAAUUCCGUGGCUGCCGCUUAUUUAUUCCCCUUUCUUGACGUUGAUCGCAUAAUUUCUGGGAGAGAGUUCAACUGGCUGUAUGAUUAGAAUAUUGGAUAAAUGUAAAGCUACUCCUGUUCAUCUUUCUUUCUAUUUUGUGAUAUAACUCGAGGUAUCUUGUAUUCGUUGUGUAAAUUGAAAUCGAAG